GUCUCUCUCCGCCCACCCCUCCCUUUCAAUACCCGCCCUCGGCGCCUUUCAACGCCAACUGACGCCUUUCAACUCCACCCCGACGUUCGCUUCAGGCGAUUCUCCGACGGCGGAUGGAAGAAGCCGAGGCGGCGGCGGCGGCCGGCGGCGGCGCGGCGAUGCGAAGCGUGCCGUUGCCCGAACGCUUCGACAGCACGAACGGCGGGUGGGGCCUCGGCGGGACGGGGAUACGCCCCGCCGCGAAAGCGCCGAGCAAGAGCAGGCGCGCGAUGUCGAUGACGUCGUCGUCUCUGAACAACCCGUACGCGCCGAGCGACGGCGGCGCGGUGCGCGGCGGCGGCGAGUUUAGCAACCAGAGUAAUUACUUCGCGGGCACGUUGCGCUCGGGAGACGUGCGGAGCAGCUCCGGCGCGAUGAUCCCGGGGCGGAGAGGGACGACGUCGAGCCAGAAGUCGCUCGCGUCGUCCACGGUCGGCGCGAAGGCGCCGGCGGCGGCUUCGAAUUCGAAUUCGAAGGGGAUUUUCCGCGCGGUGGAAGAGGUCAAGGUGACGAAAGGCGUCGGGAGCGCGGACCCGGCGUUCUUGAAGCGCGUGAACUCGAUGUCGCUGACGUCGUCGCCCAGGAGCGGCGCGUCCGUGCGGGCGAUCAACCCGGCGACGCGCGAGCGGAAGUAGUCCAUCAGAUUAUUUAUAAACACACUUUACGUUCUCGUUC